AUUGAUGCCAAACGCAUAACUGUACGUAUUGGUAGCGUAAAUCAAUAUGCUGGAGGUGAAAUACGUGAAAUCGAAGAAGUCCGCAUACACCCUUCAUACGGCAACUUCCUGCAUGACGUAGCGUUGCUGUUCUUCACCGAAUCACUUGAGUUCAAUGAUAAGUAUAAUAAAAUAUGGUUUGCAGGCGCAGAUGAUGUGAUUGAAGAUCGCGCUUCAGUAACAGUUGCCGGAUGGGGUCUCCUAUCAACUGGAGCUACGCCAUACAAAUUACAAGAAACUAAAAUGACUGUCUUAAGCGCACCUGAAUGCGAAUAUGAAGCAGGUUAUGGCUAUGAAAGUAUACUUUGCUUGCAGCACCCUGUAAAUGAAGGAAUCUGCCGUGGUGAUGAUGGUGCUGGUGUUUACGUGGAUGGUAUUUUAUAUGGUGUUAUUAGUUUUGCAUUUGGCAGUUGUGGCACAAAAUAUCCUGAUAUUGCUUCAAAAGUUUCAUACUACGAGGAAUGGAUUAAUAACAAUCACUAAAAUUUUUAUAUCUUAGCAGUUAAUAUUAAAUAAUCUUAUAAUU